UAACCCAGCAACUUCCUGGUUCCUAAAAUCCUCCAUUCGGAACAUUUUUCUUCUUUAUAUUCCUUGUUUCCUUUUAUCACCCACCAUUCCUCAAAGGGGUGAAAAAGCAUUAGUUAGAGAACAUAGUCAUAGAUGGAGGGUCUUCUGCCUCUGUUUUACAAAGCAAUCAAGAAAAACAAAACACGACGACAAUACGAGUGUCUUUCAUCAGGAGCUGCUCUAAGCUACAACAUCAGCAUGGCCGAGAUCUACCCUCAAACUCAGGACCAUGCCCUUCAGAAUCACACACCUCAUACCCAGAAAGUGCCACGUCAUUAUGCAGAUCAUAAAAUGGGUCACCGACGAUAUAAUUCUGUUGGAAAUUUCGGGGUUGGUUUCCAAUCACCUCAGAUGAGAGCAGGUGUUGGUUCUCCCAGUUCAACCAAACUCGUCAGGUUUAGGAGUCAGAGAAUGUUUUCAUGUAUAACCGGUGUCUAAGGUGCGUGUAAACACUCAUGUUGUGAUUCAUUUGGUGUAAAGAGUAAAGACAACGUUGUGGUCUUAAUCAAAUGAUGUUGCGAUUCUUAAUUUGUUCUAUGUCUUAAUUAGUUGUGUAUAUUGAAAAUUAGUACUAUAGUGUUUCUGGCGUCGGUGAUUCUUUGCCUCAUUCGUCAUCUUUGAAGCUCUUUGCUGGGUUCAGGGGCAAGAAUUGUUAAGCUAAAUUUUAAAGAAAAAUAUCAUAUCUUUAAAGAGCUUUAUAUAUAUAUAUAUAUAUAUUCUCCACG